GUGCAUCCUCUUGUUUUGUUGGUGAAUCGCAGCUUUGGCCACUGUAUUGAAUAUUUUGAGGCUCUGGCAAUAUACAAGAUAAACCUGGCUCUGUUCUCUGCGUUCUUGACGCCUGAUGUAUGGUUGAUCUUAUGAAAGAUGUAUGAAUCAUUACCUGGUACUUCGUAAUGGUACUUGUGGUUGGCGAGCAAGAGGAUUUGAAUGGUCUCGGCGCGAGAUGUCGUUGGCUCUGAAUGUGCUUAGCUAGACAAGAUGCUGAGGAGUUUGACAUAUGAUGGCUUCUUCAUCUUCUUUUGUCUCUCAAGAGGAGUUCAACAUCUUCCAUUCAAUUGACCGACAGCUAUACACCAUCCUUGUAGUCAACCUUUGGCGAGAUCCAGUGGAGUCUAUGCAAGUUAUGGCCCUCUGGCUCUGGUUGGAGCGGCUCGGCUAUGACAGUGUUGUGAAGAAGAUGUUAUCCUUGCCUCAGAUUUUGGUAAAUGAACUUGCAGACGAGGCUAUAAUCUGCCUCAACUGCAUUCACAACAACCUAAUAUCUUCCUCAUCCGACAACAAUGAUAUUCCUCUUACACAAACCUUGAUGGAGAAAGAGAUCUCUCUCCAAUUUUUCCUCGAAAAUCGGCUAAAUGGUAUUGCAGGCCUCACCAAAAUUAUGAAUGAUGUUUGUAUUAGAGCACUCUCAGACUUAAUGCAGCAAGCCGUUGAGAGAAAUGCUGCUCAAAGCUUAGCAGAUAGCCAGAUGGUGAUGUCACAUUCCAUUCACCAUUCCUUACUUCCCCCAAAACAACGUCCUGUAGGACAUGGUGUAGGUGAUAUGGUGCAGCCUCGGACCCCAGGAACUGAGGUGCCAGCCGAUGAUAGGACCAUGUUUGUUACAUUCUCCAAGGGCUACCCUGUCCAAGAAUGGGAAGUCAGAGAUUUCUUUUUUCGGUCUUAUGGGGAUUGCAUAGAGUCUUUACACAUGCAAGAAGUGCAGCCCCAUCAGCAAGCACUGUUUGCUCGUAUCGUUUUUCACAAGGCUUCAACCAUGGAGAUGAUACUCAGAGGCUUGGGGAAGGUAAAGUUUUCCAUUAAUGGGAAGCAUGUAUGGGCUCGAAAGUUCGUGCCAAAACAUGCGAGAUCCUCGUUGCUGCCGCCGCCGCCACAUUUACCAUCCACCUCAUUUAGGCUAUAAUUAAGUUCUCUUUUCUUUGAAGGGGUUCAGUUGUUGUGCUAUGGAAUAGCAUUGUUGAAUCAAGUUCGUCGAAAGAACAUGUUUUGUUGGAAUGUUGUAGUGUUACCAUCAAAGCAAAUGAAUGAAUGGAAAAGGAAAUCUAUUGCAGA